CACGCUAGUAAAUUGUGAAUGAGGUUGGGACGGGCUGUUUAAUUCCCUGCACUUAAUCCUGACGCUUCCUCAGGCGGGAUGGCGACCGUGGAUCUGGCUAAAGUCGGGGCGAUCGCCGUGAAAAAUGCCCUCUCUGGAGAGAUGGUCGAGCUGAAGUCCUUAUGGAAGGACCAGACGAGUGUCCUCUUCUUCCUGCGACGUUUUGGUUGUCAGAUUUGCCGUUGGACUGCAAAAGAGGUGUCCAAGCUAAAGCAAUCCCUUGAGUCCAACCAGAUACGUCUUGUGGGAAUUGGACCAGAAGAUGUGGGCUUGAAAGAAUUCUUGGAUGGAAAUUUCUUUAGUGGAGAGAUCUACGUUGAUGAAGCCAAACAGAGCUACAAAGAACUUGGAUUCAAAAGGUAUAAUGCACUUUCUGUAGUUCCAGCAGCACUUGGGAAGAAAGUCCGAGAUGUGGUCACAAAGGCUAAUGCAGAUGGUGUCCAAGGCAACUUUAAUGGGGAUCUUCUUCAGAGUGGGGGGAUGCUGAUUGUGAGCAAGGGUGGUGAAAAGGUGUUGCUGCACUUUAUCCAGGACUCCCCUGGUGACCACGUUCCUUUAGAAACAAUAGUGAAGACCCUGGGUAUCACUGCUGAUGUCACAGAAAGCCAGCGGCCACAGUGUAAUGAUGAUGUAUGUACAAGAUGAAGAAAAAAAAAACAAGCUUUACAAUAUAUGAGUAUAUUAAUAUAUGCCGCUGAAUUCCACUUUUGCUAAUUGAUGUAAUGCGAAACAGUCUUGAAAUUAAGUUUUCCCCCCAAAAUUAUCUCUUUCAUGCUAGGCCACAUAUUUUUAUUUGCCUUCUUUUUUAAUAUCCCGGUUGCUACAUUGAAUAAAAAUAAAUGUUUUCUUUCUAA